AUGGGAAUCAAAAAACCAUUACCACCAGAAAUAAUAAUGACGGAAGAAGAGAUUAGAAAACUAUCAAAAGAAGAGAUUAAUGAAUUAAAAGAAAACUAUGUGCCAACACCAAUGAAAGACGGAUCUAUUACAUCAUUAUCUAAAGAAAAAAUGAAAGAAUUAGAACAUAAGGAUUGGGAUAUGGAUGACGAUGAGUAUGAAGAAGCUGAAGAAUUUCCUGAAGAAUCUGGGGCAAUACCGGAAGAAGUUACAAAUAAUUUUGACAAUACCGAUAGUGCUGAGAGUAGGGAUGACCAAGCUGGAUAUAAUAAAGGCUUUGAUUUCAGAAAGAGAUUAAUCAAGGAUGGUAAUGAGGUAUCUUCGUCUGAAACUGUUAUGUCAGUUUGGCCACUUCAUUCUAUAGUUAUUGAAAAUAAAAUCAAAAGCGCUUCAGGUAACCACACUUUAGAAGCAGAAGUGUUAGAAAUGCCAACAAAAAUAGUUUUAUUUGCACGGUUUGGUCGGCCAAAGUUUUCCAAAUCUAAACUUUUAAAUGGACUUCUUUGUGAUUACAAUAUGGAUACAUUUUUUCAUAAAGACUGUCAAUCAGGAAUGACAGAAAGAUGUCUUACAAAUGGCUAUGUAGAAAUGUUUUGGUUUCCAUCGGUGGAAGGUGCUAGCGGUCGAUUUACUGAACCGAUGACAUUUUUGAAUAUGAGGGGAGACAUCCGAAGCGGAUAUGGCGAAAACGAAUCAUCGUUUCUAUCUGAAAUAUCGGAUAUAACGACUAUUGUAACUGAUAUAAUGUCAGUUGUAAGAAAAACGGAAGAAUUACGGAAGACAUUAACACAAUUCAAAUGUGUUUUGUUAAUUAUAGCUAGCCCUUUGAAUCUGAAGGAUACUAAAACACGAGACAUGUUAUUGGAAAUAGAAAAAUCUAUAGCUAGACAUGGUAAAAUAAAAAUCACUAUCCUGUGUACACAUGUUGGAGACAGAGAAAAGAAUCCUAUAGAUAUGGUUACGGAGGUUUCGAAAGAGAUUAUUGAAUCAUUAAGAACUGAAAGCAAAACAUCGCGUUCUCUUCAGCAACGAUUUACAAGUAAAGUAAUGACCGAUGAAAAAUUAACCUGCACGGAAGCCAAAGCUUUGGCAGUUUCUCUCGUUAAAACAACGACGAAAAUGUCCAGGCAAGAGCAAAUGACUAGUAUCAUUACUCCCAUACAGUAUCGUCUUUCAACAGAAUUAGGUAAACACCUGAGAGAAAAGUCUUUACGCAAAGGUGUUGACAUGACAAAUAAAAGCAAAAAUGACAUAAGGUCUAUUCGGUUACAACAGACAUCUAACAUAACAAACCCUGUACUAUUAUUUAUUAAACACCUUGUGAAAUGUGCACAAACACCAUAUUCUCUGUAUUACUUUUUGGGCUGGCUUAAACUGUUCCUAGAUCAUAAUAAGAGAACAAUUUUGCCUAGACUGAUGUUAGAAAAUAAAGCGUUGUGGGAAAAAUACAGAAAAAUGAAAAAGGAGGGCAAACCAACCACUUUAGAAAUAGAUAACCAAGAAACAUUGAUAAAAAAAUCAGAGUGCAAGAUCGAAGAGGCCUCUUUUGGACUGAUACACUUUUUUAGAGAAGUAAGCCAUAUAUAUGACUCCUUCCUUGUCUUACAAUUAGACCCUACGAGAUCCAAUUUGCCGAAUGCAGAAGAAGUGGCAGAUGUGUUUGCAAAACUUAUAAUAGACGGACAUACUUUAGAACUGUUAGAUGGAAACAGUUUUUUCAUGCCUAGCGAGUGGAUAAAAUUGACACUAGGCAAAGUUCACAAUCUUAUAGGAAAGUCUAAAGUUUUAGCUCUUUCCGUACUUGGUCUUCAAAGUUCUGGGAAGUCCACGUUACUGAACACAAUGUUCGGUGUACAAUUUCCGUCUAGUUCAGGGCGUUGUACAAGAGGAAUACAUGCUCAACUUUUACCGAUAAAACUGGACCACGGUUCGCGUAAUGUAAAUCCUUUUCAACGUAUUUUGGUGAUAGACACUGAAGGGCUACGCGCUCCUGAAUUGAAUGAAAAGAAUUACAAACAUGACAAUGAACUUGCCACUAUUAUCACUGGGUUAGGAGACAUAACUUUAUUGAAUAUCAUGGGGGAGAAUACAAUCGAAAUACGUGAUAUACUGCAAAUAAUUGUACAUGCGUUUCUUAGAUUGAAAUUAGCGAACAAUAAACUGGACAUAAAAAAAGCCUGUGAACUAGUUCAUCACAAUGUGACUGACAUUUCAGCUUCAGAGAGAAUGAAAACAGGCCUAGAGUUAACAGUUAGAAGUCUUGAUUGUGCGACAAGAGAAUCAGCAGAAUCUGAAGGAAUCGCCGAUAUAACAACGUUUGACCAAGUCAUUGAAUUUAAUACAGAUAAAAACGUUUGGUAUCUACCAAAUCUUUGGAAUGGCAACCCACCUAUGGCACAGAUAAAUCGUAAGUACAGUGAAAGAGUUGUUGCUAUAAACCACCAGCUUGUAUCCCGUGCAUUCAAUGAUAAGACUAAAUCAUUUAAAACUCUUGAAGAUAUUGCUUUGCAAACAGAUGAUUUAUGGAACGGUGUAUUGGCAGAAAACUUUAUAUUUUCGUUCAAAAAUAGUUUGGAGAAAAAAGCAUUUGUUGCACUUGAAGAACAGUCGAAAGAGAAACUUUGGUCAUUGGAGAGCUGCGUUGACGACGAACUUUUGAAGCUCACACAAAAUUAUUUCUCUCAGUGUGAAACACAAACAAACUUGCAGCAGGCUAAACAGACUGUCAUGUCGGAACUACGGAAGAUAAUUGCUGAUAAAAAUACAAAGAUAACGAGCGAAUUAGAAGUAUUUUUUGAUACAAAUGAUUACAAGGAUACAACUAUUCAAUGGAAGGAACAAACAAUGAACCUCGUCCGGACUGUCUGUUUAGAACUUUUAGGGAAAAAACGCCCAGAGAUUGACAGAACAUUCAACAAAAGAGCUUUUGAAAUAAUGUCAAUUUCAAGCGAUAAAAAGCACGAAGAAAAAUUAAGAAAACGAUCAACUGAUUUAGCAAAUCAAAUCAGGGGUCGACAAAUGAGUGAAAGUGAAAUAGAUGCCAAAUUUAACGAAAUAUGGGAAUCAUUUGUCCAGGAGUCUUUUGAUUCAUGUAACUUCCAGUCUCCAGAUUGGUCAUUAAAAGAUCAGUUUAUUAACUGUUUGUCUGACAUAUUUAGUCAUAAUCAGUCGGUAUUAUUUCAGAUACUCCAUCAACAUGCUCUUCUGAAGAGGAGACUUCCAAUAGCAAAACUAUCUAAGUCGUUUCACUUGACUAAAAUAGAAAAAGGUGACAUUAGUAUAAAGUCCCAAGCAAACAAGUUAGUAUCAAAAUUCAUCAAGUUUUUAGAUUCUUCGUUUCAAGUUGCAAAGGACCGCCUUGAAGUUUUCUUUGUGACAAUUGAUACAGAAAUCGAACGCCAAUGCAAGAAUGAUAGAGAACUAAUGGAAAUUGAAGUACGAAGAUUUUUAAAAUAUGUACAUGACACAUUAAUCAAAUGCAUGACUGACCCUGCUAACAACUUCACUGUGACAACAAUGUUUAUUGUUAAAUCUAUGGUCCAUGUAUGUAAUGUUGGAUGCUGUCAGUUCGAGGAACAUAACAAGGACUAUCAAAGGUGUAAUGGCUUAGAAGUACGCAUUGCACGAUACAGAAUUCAGUGUAAGGACAGAUUUAACGCACAUUUAAAUGAGCGUAAUGCAGAGUAUACCGCUGCAGUUUUGUUUCGUCAUGCUGUUGAGAAUUUUAUCCGAGAAACAGUCAAAGAUAGUAUAUCCAUUAAGGUGAAACAUGCAUUAAAAGGUCAGUUACCACAAAUGAAAUUCCACCUUAUUAUAGAAAUGCUUGAAGAUAUGGUUGAGAAAAACAAGUUUAAGUCAUUUGUUGACUACAUAACAAGUCCAAAGUCAUAUGCCGACAUAUGGUUGACGUCGAAGUCUAACAAAUUUCUUUUUGGUUCGCAUGACAGUAACUACUUCAAAUUGGCAUUUACUGAGAUACAGCUGUGUCUUACGGAUAUACGUACUGCAAUUGAUACAACUACAUAUUUCUUCAAAGACUCUUCCCCUUCUGUUGAAUUAUGGAUGUGUUAUUUUUUGUCUGCAGGAGGAACUUACAAGUUCCCGGCGGAAUGUUUUCGUGAAGUAAAAAGAGAGCUAGUACAUUCAAAGCAAAUACACGUAGACAAUUUCCAAACCAUGCUGCAGAAGGAAUUACAAACUGUUGAAAACGAACUACUAAGAGAAUUUAGAGAAACAAACACUGAAAAUGUUAAAUGGAGACGUUUCAAUCCUUUCGAAGAAGUAAUUACUGACAUAUGGGGAUGCGCUGAACAAUGCGUGUUUUGCAGUGAGCCUUGUGCGAAUGGAAGCCCUCAUUCAAUUUCUCCCCAUAAUUGUUUGCAACAUAGACCUGCAGGAUGUUGCGGCGUCCGAGAAGAAAAUACACAAAAGAUAUGGUUGAAUACUUGUAAUUACGAUGUAAACACAGACGUGAAUCCAAAAUGUUCAUAUUACAAAUACAUGUGCAAUCCGUCAGAGACGGUAGCUUGUACCUUAGGCCGACACUUAAUGAGAAACUACAAGAAGAUAAUCCCGCGUUGGGAAAUAAAGCCAACAAAUGACAUGGAAGAACGAUCAAAAUUUUGGUUAUGGUUCCUGGCCACGUACAAAAAGAGUUUAGCUGAUUAUUACAAUAUUGAUGUUUCAAAUGUACCAAGCAGUUGGAGCCACAUCAAAAGAGAUGAAGCACUUGAUAGUUUGAGAAAACUAUACUGCUAA